AUGAGGGCUUUGAUCAAAGAUCCAAAAAAGAUUAAAAUUGUUCAGCAAACUCUUGUAGCCCUCAAGAAAGUUGGCGAUGACUUGAAAUUGGAGAUCGAUGCCCAAUAUUUUGUGCUUCGAUCUUUGAAUUCAAGUAACAGCGCGUUACCAGUUGUAAGAAUGCAUCCAUCUUUCUUUACAAAUUACGAAUAUGACUCUGAUCAACCCCAAAUAUUAUGCCAAUUAUCAAUUCAAAGCUUACUUUUCGCAUUUAAAAACGUAAAUAACACGACAAGUCUUUCAUUUUCUAUAGAUACUAACGCCAAUAAGUUUAUAUUGUGUGUUGAAGAUAGAUCCGGCAUUUCUCAUAGCUGGGAACUUUAUAUUCAAGAAACAGUAUUAUUGACCGCGCUCUAUGACUUAGAAACUGCAGUUGUAAAAGUCCAUUGCAGGUUUGACACAUUUAAUGGUGUCAAAAAUGCCUUCAAAGGCAGUGAAAAUGUUACAAUGGAAGUUUCAAGAACAGAAGAUCGACCAACUCAGAUGAUUUUGCAAAGUGCCAAUUAUGAUAGCAGUAUAGUCUCAUCUCUUACAAUUAAAAAGGGCGAAAGUUGCGACUGUAUAUUCAAUGAUGAUAGUAAUCGUAUUAAACUUAGAUUUGCCUUAGGCGACUUCCUUGUUGCACUCAAAUUAGCCUCCAUAUACAGCCAGAAGAUAGAGAUGUUCUUAAUCUCACCUGGCCAUCCGAUAAUUAUCAAAUCAUCGCUCGCAGGUCAAGUGACCUUCGAAAUUGCUCUUGCCACAGGUACAGACGAGUGGCCAGCCGAUGACACGUCCCAGCGCGAAGGAGAUGGCCCAGUAACACCUACAACGCUGACUCCUCAAACAGCGCAAUCGCAGGCAAACUCGUGGAGGAGGGGAACUCCGACAGUUUCCCCGGCCAGACAGAAUGUUCCUGCUUCCCCCUCAAAUCGCGGUGCCCCCUCCCUUUCUGAGGAAGACAACGCCGGAAUGAGGGACUCGCAAAUUCUGGCGAUGGGGCUGUUCGACGCUUCCCCAGACUAUCCGUACAGAAGGAGAAUCACUGGACAAUACGCAGAGAACUCACAGCCUUCUUCUAGCGAAUCUGAAUCAGAUUAA